GGGCAAAACCCUGCAAUCGUUUAUAAGUAGGUUUUACACCAAAUAUGAGUACCAGUCGCCAACAUUAAGGCCCAAAAUAAAAUUUCCACCAGACUUCGCUGAGUGCCUCUUUAAGGAGGCGCGCCGGCUGCAAAGCGUCCUUCUGGUUUCCAAGGAAACGUGGGAAAGAAAAGAACGCAGACAGAACGGAAAAGUGCGAGACAUAACCGCUUCUUUUUCAGAACACUGAGAGAAACUUUAAACUUACAACAGAACCGACUCGGAAAUUGGAUGCUUUAAAUUCAUCUCUACUUAUUUAGGUGGGUUUUUCGUUCUUCUUUUGCUCCUUUGUCUUGACAUAAAUGCUUCACGCAAGCAUGAACGCUUGGGCAAUUAUUCUUAAAGUAACUUAAUAUGCUUGAGCCAUUUCCUGAGGUGUAUAGACCAUGUGGCCUGGCUUUCUGUGUCUGUCAUGUCAUGUGAUAUAUAAAUCGAUUAUUCUAUAUAUAUAUACAUAUAUGUGUGUGUGUGUGUGUGUACGUAUUAACUUAUUUUAAUUCUCUAAAAAGUUUAGCGCCACUUGAAAGGUGUUUAUUUCUCGGUUGAUUACCUUGCUCAAUCAUUUACUCGCUUGUGCAGUCAGUAUUGAAAUAAUAAAUGACCCUUCUAUGGAAGGUUAAUGACUUUUAUAGCUUCCUUCCUGGGUUUAAGAACUAUUUGUUUGUUUAUUUAUGAAAACGGCUUCUCUGUGUGCUUUUUUUUUUUUUUUUUUCAUUUAAUAGGACGUUUGAAUGUGUGUACAUGUGCACGAUGCAUUAAUAUUACUCUGUGUUUCUGCAGUUCAACGGGUGAAUGUGUGGAUCCGGCAUCUUGCUGCUGUGAGACAGAUGGAGAAAUACACACAAGCACUGCCACCCCAUUCUCCUCUACAUUCCCCCCAAAGUGAUUCAGAAGCUCUGUCCCGAUCCCCCUCUCGUCCACAGCCUGCCGCUGUUCAGCUUGUGUCCCUCCCUUCCACCCUAACCACCCCAGCCUCCUGUCUAUACUCAGCCCCUCAGGUGUCUGGAGGGCCACACUGCCUCAGUCCCUCCACAGUAUCUGACCAGGAUGACCUGACCUGCCUCAGCUGGCUGCAUCAAAGAGGGAACCUGUUGCCCCUGCAGCCACUGACCAAAAUCACCACACUGCCCCAGACAUUAGACUCGAUUCCUGUCCAACAGCUGCUUUCCUCCCCUGCCAAGCCCCCGUACUCUUUCAGCAGUCUCAUCUUUAUGGCAAUAGAAGAUUCUCCCGAGAAGAGGCUCCCUGUGAAAAGUAUUUAUCAGUGGAUUGUCGACAACUUCCCCUAUUAUAAAGAGGCUCCCGGUGGAUGGAGGAAUUCGGUCCGACACAACCUUUCCUUGAGCAAGAGCUUCCAACGAAUACAUCGAGACAAGAGUCAAUCUGUCGGAAAAGGCUCAUUAUGGCGUGUUUGUCCAGAACAUCGGCCAGCUCUUCUGGAAGUUCUCAGAAAAACACAUUAUUGUCAUCGUACCAACAGCAGCUUGCUGAACAAGCGUGUUUUGUUGGAGGCGGCUGAUGAUGGGCAGAACACCUUGGGUGAGACCAUGGAAAUUUCAGAUCUAGAUUUUUUGUCUUCAAACCUGCCGUGCUCUUUGACACCAGAUCAUGAGGAGCUGGUCCCCAUGGAGUCUGUGGAACUGACAGAGGUUGCCGGCGAGGAUUUGGAGAAAGAUCCAUUGGCAGACAGUGGUUACAUUGAGUUACACUAUUACCAGUAUCAGCAGUAUCAGUACCUGGUUCUUCCAGGAGACAGUGAGCUGGACCUGGAGUCGGUUGAGAUACUGCAGCUUGAUGCAGAGGCUCAGGAGGCUGCCGGAUCACUGCUUGACCUCGCGGGAGGCAAUCACUGACAGCUUGCCUGUGUGCUGUGUACAAGCAUGGGGAGAUGGGGCCACUGUGAGAACUCUAGGCUUGAUGUACUAUUGGCACUUUAUAACUGCCUAAAACUUUACUUACUUUCAUGAAAGGUGCAACAUAAGCAAUUCCAAAUAAUCUAGUGAUUUGAAAAGACAUUUGCAGGGACUGACAACAGCACUGUGAGUGUAUCCUUGGUAUUAGUGUAUAAUAGGUAUUAAAGCAUCUGCAAAAUGCUUUCAUAAAGAAAGAACAAAAAAUAUUUAUUGUUUAUUGACAUGGUUGAAAGCUACUAUUUAAUGCACUUCCAUACCAUUUUUAAGUCCCUUCCAUUAAGAUUACUCUAAGAUUUGUUGUGUUUUUACAUUCAGAUCAGAGGGAUAAAGUUCUGAUGUGAUUUUAUUUUAGUUUUACAGUAUGAAAUUGUUCAAAAUUAUGAACAUGUUCAAGUAUUAUUGAUAUAAACUGCCAGUUGUUAGAUUGGGAACAUGGAAAGAUUAAUAUCUAAUCCUGAUUUCUUGUUGAUUAUUGUCAUGCUACUGCAUUCUGUAGCUAUUCGUUUUCUGUGUAGUAAAAUGCAAGUCUUAUUUUGCUCUAUUGAUGUGUUUAUUUUAUUUUUUUUAGUUUAUUAUGUUUUAACAGGUUGAUCUUCUUAAUGUGUAACUCA